AUGACAAACUAUUUAUGUGAAGAAGGAACUGUAUGUAAUAAUUAUCAGUCAGCUAUAUGUUUACAUUGCAAUCGUCGAUUAUGUAUAUUACAUAUUGCACAACAUAAUCAAGUUAAUUUUGAUAAUAUUCGAAAUCUUUCACGUGAAAUUGUAUUGGUUACUGAACAUAUUAAUAAUGAAUAUGAAAAAACCAGAGAUAUAUAUCAAACUGUUUUAGUGGAUCUUGCUGAAUGGCGAGCAAAACAAGUAGAAAACAUUACACAAGCCUAUAAUAAUUAUUUACAACAUGUUGAAUCGCAACAGGAAGCGUUAAAUACACUUCAUUAUGAGUUAAUUAAAAAGCUUGAUGAUGACGCUCGGAAACCAUUAGAAGUUAUCCAAGCUCAACAAGCUACCGGUGCUACCGUACUUACUCAUAUUGAACAAACAAUACAGAAAAUACGAGAUCAGGCUGCACAAUUACACUGGAACGUCUUAACUUUGCCAUCGGUUGAUGUACGAUGUAACUUGACAGAUACUUCGUCAACAUCUUCAAAGGAUAUAACAUUAUCGAUUCAUACAUCAGGUACUCACCGACCAUCCAAAAGAUUUUCUAUUAACUUCAAGUGGCCAUCGCUUCGUUAUAUAUGUCUAGGAAAAUAUCGUUCGUUUAGACGUCUUGUUGAUAUGUUUAGUGAUGUAUCACAUAUCGUACAAAGCAAGCAUGACCUUGAUGACUAUGUUAAAAACAACGCCGGUUUUCCGUUACCUGUUUUUGUCUGUUCAUAUCUAACAGCCUGGUAUAGAUGCUCUAAAAUUGAACAUAAAUCUAUCAUUUUAAAAGAAUAUAUGUCAACUAUUAUGAAACAUAUUCCGAUUGAUAUUGAUAAUUAUAUUGCUUUAGUAGGUAUACAUGCAUUCUUUUAUAAUCAUAUAAUUUCUGAAAAUAAAAGACAAUUAAUGACGUUUUUAUUACAUUUUUUUGUUGAUCAUCAAUGUAUUAGUGUACAUCAAAUAUCUCACUGGUAUUAUAAUAAAGAUAUCAAUGCUUAUACAGGUUUCGAUGGUGCAAAACAAAUGACUGCACCAUUUAUUAACUCAUUUUGGACAGAUCAAUCCAAUUCUAAUGUAAAAAAAUCAAAUCCAAUGAAUUCUACUGAAUUGAAGCAUGAAAAAAUGUUCUGUAUAGAUGAAACAGAAUGA